UUUUCUCCCCCCUUUCUCAUGCUUUUUAUAAAUUUCUUUAUAAAAACUGUUUAUUCUGUCAUAUCAUCAUCUGGGUUGUUUGCAUUUCCAUAUUCUUAUUUCAAUAAUACACAUUUGCACUUACGGAUUUAGUAAUCAAAUAAUGGGACAGUAUUGGGGUAUCACUAUUGUGUUUGGUAAUUCCAUUAAUUUCUACUUUCUUUCUGCUGUGAUUUGUGAUUUUCAAUGUGGGGUUUCUUUAUUAUAAUGGAUGGGGGCAUUUGAGCGUUUGGGCAUUUGGGACAUUUCUUUUAGAUUUUUCUUUCUUCUUUCUUUCUUUUUGUUUUUUGGGUUUGUUUGAAAAAUCUGCAACUUUUGAAAUCUGAUACAGUGUCAGAUAAUGGGGAAAUUGGGAGGAGAAGGAGAAGAAGAAGAAGGGAAAGGACCUUUUGGCUUUGUCAACAUAGAGGGGACAUUUUGUUUAAUACCCAUUAGAUAUCUUUGGAAUGUCAGGCAAAGGUCAAUAGCUCUGUAGUAGGCCUGAAACUUUCCCAGUGAGAGAUUUAUUGCAAUGGCCUAAAAGGGAAGCUAUUUUUAUCACCUUUUUUUUAUCCUAGCCUCUGUAGGUAAAAGGUCUGGCUUGUGUGUUGUUUCUUUGGGUUCUCAGCCCCUUGGUUCUCUCCUCUGAGAGGAAUUCAUGGCUGUGACAGCUUUGUUGUACCAUUUGCUUUUUUGGGUUUUUGAAUCUCUACCUUAUUACUGGGAGUUAUUUCCAGCUGCUCAGGUAGUUGUGGUGUUUCUUGUUAUCUCAGUUCUGAACUUCCAAUUUGCAUGAUGUGAACUUUUUCUGUUGUUCUUGGCCAUCUGUGACUAUUUUGCAUGCAGUUCAGCUUGUUUAAUCUUUUAUUGUAGUUCUGUUUUACUUGAGAUUUUAUAUCACACAGUGACAAUGCUUGUAUCCUAAAUCAAAGGAAUUGUGGAAAGAUAAUCUUGGUGACUGGAAGAGAAGGAAAAAAGGGAGAGGACUUUCUGGUUUUUCAAGACAAAGCUCUCUGUAAAGGGCAUUCUUCAAGCCAAAACACCAACACCACCAUGACGAUUGCACCACGAAGUUGCAUCUUUUUCAGAAUUUCUUCAAUAUAGCAAUCACCUAGUCUAGAGAUAUUGAAUUCGACCGCUUGAGGACAGAUUCUAGCUCUGAUUGCCCCUUGUAGACCCUUUUGGAUUGCUUAUAACCUCAGUUUCAUCAACAUCUUUGAUGUAGAGUAUCUAUUUAGCUAAGAUGUGCUUGAACAGUUCAGUGGUUGAUGGUAGAAGAGGAAAGGACAGAGGCAGGCUGGGGUAGUAGGAAGGAGUUGACAAUGGCAUCGACUUCUUUUCCUGGCGGGAAGCCAUUGCCAGUGAUUGAAACUUCUUCUAACUGUGUUCUGUACCCACCGCCACAAGCGACGUAUGAGGAUAUCAUAGGCAAUCCCAAGAUCUUCAUGACAUCCCUGGAAAAGCUCCAUUCUAUCAUGGGAACCAAGUUCAUGAUCCCCAUUAUUGGAGGUAAAGAACUAGACCUGCAUCGGCUUUUUGUGGAGGUCACAUCUCGUGGUGGCAUUGAGAAGGUUAUAAGGGAGAGAAGAUGGAAAGAAGUAACAUCGGUUUUCAACUUUCCUUCAACUGCAACGAAUGCAUCUUUUGUUCUGAGGAAGUAUUAUCUUUCUUUGCUUCAUCAUUUCGAGCAGAUUCACUUCUUCAAAGCUGUGGGAUGGACGCCAAUGAUUUCUGAUUCUCCUCAGUGCCCGAGCCCAGCGCCGAUCCCUACGCAAGGGACGCCCUCUAUGUGGCCACCAUCAGAUAAUCAGGCAGCCAUGUCCCAGCAACCGCGGACUUCCACUACCGAACUUCCAGCAGAUAGUACUUUUCUCCCUACAGUUGCACCAAGUUCGGCGUCAGCAGCAGGGUUUCCGGUGAUUGGAGUCAUUGAUGGAAAAUUUGAUAGCGGGUAUCUUGUUACUGUUACCAUAGGAUCGGAGAAGCUAAAAGGCGUGCUUUAUCAGUCUCCUCCCGAGCAACCUGCUCAGCAACAAGUAUUGCAGCCUGAUGGUGUUUUUGCCAAAGAUGGUGCUACCUCCAUGGCACCAAAUGCUCAUCGCCGUCGUCGUAGGAAGAAAUCCGAGAUAAAACGAAGGGAUCCCGCUCAUCCAAAGCCGAACAGAAGCGGCUACAACUUUUUCUUUGCUGAGCAGCACGCUAGACUCAAACCAUUAUACCCAGGGAAGGACAGAGAGAUAAGUAGAAUGAUUGGUGAGCUUUGGAAUAAGCUUAAUGAGUCAGACAGAACAGUUUAUCAAGAGAAAGCCAUGAAGGAUAAAGAAAGAUAUCGAAUCGAGAUGGAGGAUUACCGAGAGAAGCUGAGGACGGGCCAGGUCAUCAGUGAUGCCGUGCCAUUACAACAGCGUCUUCCUGAGCCAGACCUGAACAUGGUCUAUGCUGACAAAAAUGAAGAAACUGAGGGUGGCGAAUCUCCUCAAACCCCGGAUCAUGAUACUAGUUACGUCGAAGGCGACUCCGGAGAAUAUAAAACUGAGGAGAAGGAGGAGGAUGAGGAAGAGGAUUCGGAAGAAGAUGCAUCUCCACAAAGGGUUGGCAAUGUAGAUGUUAACGUUUUGGUCGAGGAGGAAGGCGGCGGCGAGACGAGAGCUGCAGAAGAGGAUGUUAGAAAAGAGAGUAGUACAGUGGUGGUCGGCGACGAGAAAGAAGUUUUCACCAGAGAUUCGUUAAUGGAGGAGGCAAAGGAAGAACCAGAACCACCACCACCACCACCAACAACAGCCAUUAGAGAAGAUUAAUCAAGGUUUCUCUCCGUUUUUUUUCUUUUUUCUUUUUUCCCUUGUCUUCAUCUAGCUUUACUGCCAUUCCUUCUAACCUUCCAUUUCUCUUUAGCUAAUACUUGUAAAGUUUUUUUCUGAGGGGAAAAAUUUUGGGUCUUUCCAUCAGUUUUGUUUUGGGAAGAAAUUUUGUUGCCUUUUGUUGAACAUUUCAACUGGAUUCAUUCCCUGGUUUGUUUACAAGUUAAGCUGGCUUAUCAGUUCUAAGUUCAA